UGGGACACACUGACAUUUGUUGGGGGUCCUGGUAUUAUUUUGUUGGAGUGCACCGCAGUCUUGCUCACCUGCUGCAGCCACUUUCUUACUUCCUACCUGCUUCAUUGUGGAAUUGCCCCCUUGAAGUUGAGCAAGUGACCUGCAGGGGGGGUAAGUGGUAACCGUUCCGCGGACGCAAAAAGGCACCCGCAAGCAUGUCUACCUCAGUACCGUUCUACCGCAAGUACGGACGCAGCUACGACAGGGGCUACCGCUACCAGUCAGGGAGCGGGUACUCGGUCCGGACCAGCGCCGGCACCAGAACCAGGGGCCUUGAUCGGUCAUCACAAUCCCGAUCCGACCCGCUGCCCAAGAGAGCCAACCCCUCCUACUUGGCCGUGGACCGAGAGAACCAAAUCAUCGGCUACGUGGUGCCCGUCUUCAGGACCAGUCAAGAGUUUGCGGCGGGAUAUUCGGACGAGAGCAGACUGCGGAACACUGCCACCUACAUGGAGCGCCGCGACAUGUUCACCAGCGGUCUGGAGAUGGAGCGCUCGGAGCAGAUCUCCAGGAAGGAGACCAUGCGUGAGUCAGCCCAGCGCAUCUCCUUGAAUAAAACGCUCUACGAGCAUGAGGAGCACUUCAAGCGCAUGAACGAAGACAGCCUGAUGCACGUCCCGGAGUUUAUCAUCAAGCCUCGCUCACACACCGUGUGGGAGAAGCAGUGCGUGAGGCUGCACUGUACCAUCAGCGGCUGGCCGGACCCCCGAGUCGUCUGGUACAAAAAUAACGUGGCCAUCGACCAUCUUGCCAAUGCCGGGAAGUACAAAAUCGAGAGUAAAUACAGCGUCCACUCACUGGAGAUCAACAAGUGCGAUUUCGAGGACACGGCCCAGUAUCGCGUCUCGGCCAUGAACGUCAAGGGGGAGGUGUCCGCCUACGCCUCGGUUGUUGUCAAAAGGUUCAAAGGGGAAGUGGACGAGUUCCUGCCUGCUCCUAGACGGACUGGUGUGAAAGAUGGUCCCGUGUCCGAGUACGGCAUCACCUUCCAGACCAACAUCGUCGACAAUUUCGGUGUGUCCUUCGGCAAGGAGGGCGAGACCAUGAGCUUGGGCUGCACUGUCAUCAUCUACCCAGCUUUGCAUCACUACCAGCCCGAGGUGCAAUGGUACAGAGACGGGGUUCUCCUGUCCCCGUCUAAGUGGAAUCACAUGCACUGGAGUGGUGACAGAGCUACGCUGACCCUUACGCACCUGAACAAAGAGGACGAAGGACUCUACACUCUGCGCGUCACCACCAAGUCCGGAUACAAAAGCUACUCCGCCUAUGUCUUUGUGAGGGAUGCUGAAGCCGAAGUGGAAGGAGCACCGGGGGCCCCCCUGGAUGUGUGCUGUCUAGAUGCCAACAAGGACUACAUCAUUGUCUCCUGGAAGCAGCCGGCAGUCGAUGGUGGCAGCUCCAUCCUGGGUUAUUUUGUGGACAGGUGUGAGGUCGGGACAACCCACUGGAUCCAGUGCAAUGACACUCCUAUCAAGUUUGCCCGAUUCCCGGUCACCGGCUUGGUUGAGGGUCGCUCCUAUAUCUUCCGUGUGCGCGCCGUCAACCAGAGCGGCAUGAGCCGUCCGUCCCGGGUGUCCGAACCCGUUGCCGCCAUGGACCCGGCCGAUCGCGCUCGCAUGAGAGGUAACACUGCACCUUGGACCGGCCAGAUCAUUGUCACGGAGGAAGAACCUGCAGAGGGUAUUGUUCCUGGCAGACCUCAAGAACUGCAAGUGACCGAAGCAACCAAGAACUACUUGGUCCUCAGCUGGAAGCCACCCGGCGAGAAAGGCCUGGAAGGUGUCAUGUACUAUGUGGAGAAGUGUGUCUCAGGCACAGACAGCUGGCAAAGGGUGAACACGGAGAUCCCGGUGAAGUCGCCUCGUUUUGCGCUGUUUGAUUUGGCGGAGGGGAACUCUUACUGCUUCCGCGUCCGCUGCUGCAACGCCGCCGGCGUCGGCGAACCAUCCGACCCCACCGAGGCCACCACGGUUGGCGACAAGCUCGAUACGCCAUCCGCGCCGAGCAAAGUCGUCCCUACGAGGAACACGGACACGUCGGUGGUGGUAUCCUGGGAAGCAUCCCGUGACGCCAAGGAAUUAGUGGGCUACUACAUCGAGGCGAGCGUUGUGGGCAGCAACAUCUGGGAGCCAUGCAACAACAAACCCGUCAACGUGACCAGGUUUAUAUGCCACGGUUUGACGACGGGAGAGAAGUACGUGUUCAGGGUGAGGGCUGUGAACGCCGCAGGACUUAGUCCGUUCUCUCCGGAAUCAGAGCCUGUGGAGGUGAAGGCUGCGAUUGGGGGCGGCAUUCCUCACGGUGUGUUGCCGGAGACGGGGCCGGGGGGUAACGAUGACCGACUAACCGCGCACAAGCCGUACUGGACGGGCGCGCAUGACACUGUCCAGCUCCCCGCUGACACAAAAAGCAAAGCUCGGGCCGACCCUGAGUUCCCCGAGCGGGGGUCUGAGGUGGCGGCGGUGGCGGCUAGCUCUGGCCCCUCGGACGGCAAAAACCACGAGUCCGAGAGGGGCGGCGUGGCUCAGGCUCUGGUUAACGGGUCGCCCUCAGAGCCACCGCCGGGCUUGCUUUGUGAAGCACGCACUGAUGUAGCGGCACACUUAGGCUCGCCAGGCGUCGAGGGGCCGGCUAAAAAGACAGCCCCUGGGGCCAAGCGGGCAUGCGGGUUGUCAGUAGAUGCUUCUGCUAACAAGGAGUCAGCGAGGCCAGACGCACGGGCUGAAGCGUCACCUGCACCACCGUACGGAAUCAGUGUGCUGGAAUGUGUACGCGACUCCAUGGUGCUGGGGUGGAAGCAGCCCACCUUCAUCGGAGGGGCCGAUAUCAGCGGAUAUUUUGUGGACUACCGUGAGGUUGUCGACGGUGUGGAGGGAAAGUGGCAGGAGGCCAACAUCAGGGCGGUCAGCGAACGUGCCUACAGGGUGACUGAUCUGAAGGAGAACAAGAAGUACCAGUUCCAGGUUCGGGCGGCCAACAUCGCGGGGGUCGGCAUCCCGUCGCUUCCCAGCGACACCUUCUUGUGCGAGGAGUGGACCAUUGCCGUUCCAGGACCUCCUCACGAUCUCCAGCUGCGAGAGGUGCGAGGCAACUCCAUGGUGUUGCUGUGGAAAUCUCCGGUGUACCAGGGGCGUGAUCCUGUCAACGGCUUCUACGUGGACAUGAAGGAGGCGGAAGCCCCGGAGGAAGCCUGGCGAGGACUCAAUACCAAGGUCACGGAGAACAGCUUCUUCAAGGUGAAGAAUCUGAAGGAGCAAGAGUCGUACGUGUUCCGAGUGCGUGCCCAGAAUCAGGCCGGCGUGGGGAAAAGCUCGGACAUCUCCGAACCGGUCCAAGCCGUGACCAAGCCCGGCACCAAGGAGAUCUUGGUGGACGUGGACGACGACGGCGUCAUCUCUCUUAACUUCGAAUGCGCCAACAUGACACCCGACUCCAAAUUUGUGUGGUCCAAGAACUACGAAGACAUGGACGACUCGUCACGCUUGACCAUGGAGACCAAAGGGAACAAGUCCAAAGUUACCUUCAACUCACCCGGAGAGGAAGACAUUGGUAUUUAUUCAUGUCUGGUCACUCACACGGACGGAGCUUCAUCCAGCUAUACCAUCUCGCCUGAAGAGAUGAAAAGGCUGCUGGAGAUCAGCCACGAUCACAAGUUCCCCACUAUUCCCCUCAAGUCGGAUUUGGCCGUGGAGAUGCUGGAGAAGGGCAGAGUUCGCUUCUGGCUGCAGGCCGAGAAGAUUUCAGCCAAUGCCAAAGUGGACUACGUGUUCAACGACAACGUGAUGGCCCAGGGCGAGAAAUACAAGAUGAACUUUGACAAAAACACCGGCGUGGUUGAGCUGAUCAUGGAGUCGCUGAUGCCUGAGGAUGAAGGCACCUUCACCUUCCAGAUGCAGGAUGGAAAAGCCACCAACCAGUCCAGUUUGGUACUCAUAGGAGAAGUGUUCAAGGAUCUGCAGAAGGAAUCCGAGUUCCAGAGGAAAGAAUGGUUCAGAAAGCAAGGUCCUCACUUUAUUGAGUAUUUGGGCUACGAGGUCACUCCAGAAUGUUGCGUGGUACUCAAGUGCAAGGUAGGAAAUAUAAAGAAGGAGACGUCGGCGUUGUGGUACAAGGACGGCCGGGAGAUCAAGGCCGACCAAAAUUUGGGCUUCACUGAGGGCGUCCUAAAACUGGAAAUAGCUCAGAUUUCCAAGAAGGACGCCGGCGUCUACGAGACGGUCCUGAAAGACGAGCGAGGACAAGAUACGUCCAAGUUAAAUCUGACUGACCAAUGUUUCAAAGACCUGAUGAGCGAAGUCUUCAACUACAUCGCUAACUCAUCCACGCCGCUGAAGAUCACCAGCACGGAUCAAGGCAUCCGCCUCUACACCUUUGUCAGCUACUAUAAUGACCUGCUGCCGGUCACGUGGCAUUACAAGGAUUCAGCCAUCGCCUUCUCGGACCGCUUGAAGAGCGGCGUGGUGGGCGACCAGUUGUGGCUGCAGAUCAGCGAGCCCACCGAGAAGGACAUGGGCAAAUACGCCAUUGAGUUCAACAGCAAUGACGGCAAAGGCGGCCUGAGGAGGACCGUGGAGCUGUCGGGUCAAGCGUACGAGGACGCGUUGGCCGAAUUCAAGAGACUCAAAGCGGCUGCUAUUGCAGAAAAAAACCGGGCCCGAGUGGCAGGAGGCCUUCCCGAUGUGGUCACCAUCCAAGAGGGCAAGGCGCUCAACCUGACCUGCAACAUCUCAGGCGAGCCGUUGCCCCAGGUGACGUGGCUGAAGAACGACAAAGAGCUGACGUCAGACGAGCACUGCAUUCUACGCUUGGAGUCGGGCAAGUUCGCCAGCUUCACCAUCACGGCGGUCAGCACGGCCGACACGGGCAAGUACAGCAUCCUGGUCAAGAACAAGUACGGCACCGAGAGCGCAGAGUUCACCGUAAGUGUCUUCAUCCCCGACGAGGUGGCCGCCCGCAAAAAAUGAGCCCGCCCCAUCUCCUGCUCAAUGUGUGUACCUGGACAAAAGCAAACAAAACAAUGUUGAUGUUGAAAUUGGUGCUGAAUGUAGACCAGGUCAAAGGUCAUGAGAUACUAGCAAGCCAAUACUGCUUUCAAAUGUUUCGAUUUCAACGAGAACGUCUCGCUGUUUGUUUGUAAAAGCUCAACGGACUAAUUGUGUUAUCUUUGUUUUGCGUUAGCGACUGUCGCUCGACAUGUUUGACCCCUUUUUUGCAAACGGGUCAGAACUUACUGCUCACUCCAUACAAUUUCAUCCCAUUAGCUUUUCUUUGUUGCAACUAAGUAAGUUGAUAUUCACCACACAUCAAAAUAUGUAUCCAUCUGAGAAGAAGUGAGCACAAGACUGACAUUAUUUGCGGCAAAACGCGGUCACACAUGAUCACCAGAUUGUUUGUUGUGAUGAUCAACUUCCACCGCCCGUCCAAUGUGAAGAUCACCGAUCGCCAUGGCGAUAUUUGCCACCUCCACCCUCACUGUUAGUCUUUUGUGUUUGCCAACGACACUAAUGAUAAUAAAAAAAAAACAAGCAUGAACUUCCCCCUCAACCUCA